CUCCUCUCUCUCUCUCUCUCUAGGAAGGAGUUCUGUGAGCUGUGUAUGGCUAAAGACCGACAAACCAACAAGGUGUUUGUCUGUAAGAAGUUUCUGAAGAAGGACGGGAGGAAAGUACGCAAGGCUGCCAAGAAUGAAAUCCUGAUUCUCAAAAUGGUCAACCAUCCAAACAUUCUCCAACUGAUCGACACGUUUGAGACGCGGAAAGAGUACUUCCUCAUCCAGGAGGCGGCUACAGGCGGUGACGUGUUUGACUGGAUUCUGGACCAGGGGAAUUACACCGAGAGAGAUGCUUCCAAUGUGAUCAGACAGGUUCUAGAGGCCGUAUCCUACCUACACUCACUCAACAUCGUACACAGGAACCUCAAGGUAGGUCAAGGGGCUAAGUGUGUGUAAAACCAAGAGAGCUAACCUUGUCCCUCCUAACAUUAAAGUACCCCUCCCCUCAUCUUGCCCAAAGCUAAAUCUCCUCCAUUUAGUAAACACGGGGACUAUGGUUACAUGAAUAGUCCAAUUAAUAUAAUAAUUUGUUUUCGGGCGUUUAUAUUCUUUGCAAGAAGAACGAUUUCCGGGACAAAUCUAAAAUCAGGCUACCUAAAGGGACUUAAAAUCAGGCUACCUAAAGAGACUUAAAAUCAGGCUACCUAAAGGGACCUAAAAUCAGGCUACCUAAAGGGAGUUAAAAUCAGGCUACCUAAAGAGACUUAAAAUCAGGCUACCUAAAGGGACCUAAAAUCAGGCUACCUAAAGGGAGUUAAAAUCAGGCUACCUAAAGAGACUUAAAAUCAGGCUACCUAAAGGGAAUUAAAAUCAGGCUACCUAAAGGGACUUAAAAUCAGGCUACCUAAAGGGCCUUAAAAUCAGGCUACCUAAAGGGCCUUAAAAUCUCCAAUGUAAAUAAAUGUUCUACCACAGCAACCAUGUGAAAACAAUUUCAAAAGAUUUCAGUACUUUCCGAACUUACUUUCACUCGUUCAUAAGAGGGAGGCGAUGCUCAGGUCAAACACACAGCUGGAACAACGACCAAGCUGUUCACGUCCUAAUCAUUUGAAAGAUCCGGGGUUUUAAUAAACAGCGUAUGCUUACUUUGAUUUUGACCUUACGCCUACCAAGAUAAGUAAAGUGUUUACAUGACUAAUGCCGUACUCUGCCUUCUCCCAUAAUCCGUUUAAUAUCGAAUUAUUAGUGUGCAUAUAAACGUACUCAGUCUCUUUUGGGACACAUAAAAGAGAGUUGCUGUUAACUAGACACACACACACACACACACACAGACUCACACACACACACACACACACACACACACACACACACACACACACACACACACACAACAUACAACACACAACACACAACAUACAACACACAACACACAACACACUACACACACGACACACACAGCAUCAUCAACAUACUUCACUGAUGAAGCACACGUACAUUUCCCAACCAGAAGCCAUGGAUUACAGGCAACAUUCGCACUGAACUAAAGGUUAAAGCUGCCGCUUUCAAGGAACGGGACACUAUUUCCGGACGCUUAUAAGAAAUCCUGCAAUGCCCUCCGACGAACCAUCAAACAGAGCAUCAAUAUCGGACCGAGAUCGAAUCCUACUACACCGGCUCUGACGCUCGUCGGUAUGAGGUAGGAUAAGGGAGGUAAGGCAAUAAAUAGGACAUGGCGGCGAAGUAAUUACAAUAUAGCAAUUAAACACUGGAAUGGUAGAAUGUGCAGAAGAUGAAUGUGCAAGUAGAGAUACUGGGGUGCAAAGGAGCAAGAUCAAUAAAUAAAUAAAUAAAUACAGUAUGGGGAUGAGGUAGUUGGAUGGACUAUUUACAGAUGGGCUAUGUACAGGUGCAGUGAUCUGUGAGCUGCUCUGACAGCUGGUGCUUAAAGCUAGUGAGGGAGGUAUGAGUCUCCAGCUUUAGUGAUUUUUGCAGUUCGUUCCAGUCAUUGGCAGCAGAGAACUGGAAGGAAAGACGACCAAAGAGGAAUUAUCUUUGGGGAUGACCAGUGAGAUAUACCUGCUGGAGCGUGUGCUACGAGUGGGUGCUGCUAUGGUGACCAGUGAGCUGAGCUAAGGCGGGGCUUUACCUAGCAGAGACUUGUAGAUAACCUGUAGCCAGUGGGUUUGGCGACGAGUAUGAAGCGAGGGCCAGCCAACGAGAGUGUACAGGUCGCAGUGGUGGGUAGUAUAUGGGACUUUGGUGACCAAACGGAUGGCACUGUGAUAGACUGCAUCCAAUUUGCUGAGUAGAGUGUUGGAGGCUAUUUUGUAAAUGACAUCACCGAAGUCGAGGAUCGGCAGGAUGGUCAGUUUUACGAGGGUAUGUUUGGCGGUAUGAGUGAAGGAGGCUUUGUUGUGAAAUAGGAAGCCGAUUCUAGAUUUAAUUUUGGAUUGGAGAUGCUUAAUGUGAGUCUGGAAGGAGAGUUUACAGUCUAGCCAGACACCUAGGUAUUUGUAGUUGUCCACAUAUUCUAAGUCAGAACCGUCCAGAGUAGUGAUGCUGGACGGGCGGGCAGGUGCAGGCAGCGAUCGGGUGUAGAGCAUGCAUUUAGUUUUACUUGCAUUUAAGAGCAAUUGGAGGCCUCGGAAGGAGAGUUGUAUGGCAUUGAAGCUCGUCUGGAGGGCUGCUAACACAGUGUCCAAAGAAGGGCCAGAAGUAUACAGAAUGGUGUCGUCUGCGUAGAGGUGGAUCAGAGAAUCACCAGCAGCAAGAGCGACAUCAUUGAUGUACACAGAGAAGAGAGUCGGCCCGGGCAUUGAACCCUGUGGCACCCCCAUAGAGACUGCCAGAGGUCCGGACAACAGGCCCUCCAAUUUGACACACUGAACUAUCUGAGAAGUAGUUGGUGAACCAGGCGAAGCAAUCAUUUGAGAAACCAUGGCUGUUGAGUCUGUCAAUUAGAAUGUUGUGAUUGACAGAGUUGAAAGCCUUGGCCAGGUCGAUGAAUACGGCUGCACAGUAAUGUCUCUUAUCGAUGCCGGUUAUGAUAUCGUUUAGGACCCUGAGCGUGGCUGAGGUGCACCCAUGACCAGCUCUGAAACCAGAUUGCAUAGCGCAGAAGGUAUGGUGGGAUUCGAAAUGGUCGGUAAUCUGUUUGUUAACUUGGCUUUCGAAGACCUUAGAAAGGUAUUAUAUAAAUACCUUCUAUGCUAAUUUCGAGGCUAGCAACACUGAACAAUGCAUGAGAGCACCAGCUGUUCCGGACGACUGUGUGAUCAUGCUUUCCGUAGAUGAUGUGAGUAAUACGACCUUAACAUUCACAAGGCCGGAGGGCCAGACGGAUUACCAAGAUAUUUACUCAGUGUCUUCACUGUCAUGUUCAACCUCCCUGACCCAGUCUGUAAUACCUAUAUGUUUUCCAGCAGACCACCAUAGUCCCUGUGCCCAAGAACGCCUAGGUAACCUGUCUAAAUGACUAGCGCCCCGUAGCACUCACAUCUGUUGCCAUGAAAUGCUUUGAAAGGCUGGUAAUGGCUCACAUCAACACCAUCAUCCCAGACACCCUGGACCCACUCCGAUUUGCAUACCGCCCAAACAGAACCAUGGUAAAGAUAUGAAGUUCUCUACCUGCUCCAGUGUGGUGUGUUU